AUGCGCGGAUAUUCAGUCUUUUUCUACGGUGAGCCUAAGUCAGGAAAGACUACAACCGCAACCCGCUUUCCUAAUCACUUGCUUUUAGCAUUUGAGAAAGGUUAUAACGCAAUCCCAGGAGCUAUGGCGCAGCCAAUUAACUCAUGGUCAGAGUUCCGUAAGGUUCUCCGCCAGUUGAAAGAGCCUGAAGUACAAGCUAAAUUUGAAACAAUUAUCAUUGAUACUGCUGAUAUUGCAUAUGACUAUUGUGAGAAUUAUAUCUGUUCAAAUAAUGGUGUAGAUGCUAUUGGUGAUAUCGGAUAUGGUAAAGGAUAUACACUUGCUGGUAAAGAAUUUGAUGAGUGUCUUCGUAAGAUUGUUCAGAUGAAUUAUGGACUUGUUCUUAUUUCACACGCAGUAGAUAAGACAUUUACUGAUGAAUCUGGUAAAGAAUACAAUCAGAUUGUUCCUACUCUUGGUAACAAGCCAAGAAAUAUCGUUGCUCGUAUGUGCGAUAUUAUUGGUUAUUCAAGAGGAGUACAGGAUAGUGAUGGAACUAUUGGCGAUGCUAUUGAUAAGCAGAUGGCUGAAGAUGGAACAGAGUACUUCACUGAAACAAGAAAUAAUCUUUAUGUUGAUACAACAACAGAACUUAACUUUGAUGACCUUAUGAAAGAGUUUCAGAAUAUUAUUGCUAAUAUUCCUGGUUCAACUGAUAUUAAGGGCGAAACAGAAGAGGGAGUUCAGUUCAGAGAAUACUGGCAGCCAAGAAUUGCUCAGUGCAUUGAGAAAUAUCUCGGCAAGGGCAAGAAGAUUAAGGAUGCAACAAGAGACCAGGUUGAAGCAAUCGACCUUAUUGUUACAGACUUAAAGGAUAUGGUUAAAUAUAAGGAAGUUUAA